CUCAGGAGGAGCUCCAUUCGGGCUCUCGCAGACCGUCUGGGGGGGCGGAUAUUCCUGUGGCGGCAUUGCAGAGAGUGCUUCGCUGGUCCUCAGACCAUGACGGACACGGCAGUCAGCAGCAGCCCCGGCCAGUGGGGGUAUCAGAGUGAUCGGCAGAUGGCUCUUCAGAGCAGAGCUCCUGAGGGUCACUCGGCCCAUGGAAAGCAGCCGGAACGUGGGCGGAAGGGCGAAGAACUGACCGAUGAAGAGAAAGAAAUCAUCAACCGGGUCAUCGCGAGAGCCGAGAAGAUGGAGGAGAUGGAGCAGGACAGGAUCCAGCGCCUCAUGAACCGUCUGGACGACAUGCGACGUAACAUCGCAGGGGACGGAGUGGACCGCUGCAUUUUGUGUGGAGAACAGCUGGGUCACCCGGGCUCGGCUUGUGUGGUGUGUGAAGACUGCAAAAAGAACGUUUGCACCAAAUGCGGCAUCCAGACCACCAACAAUCGGCCUCACUCCGUCUGGCUGUGCAAGAUCUGCACCGAGCAGAGAGAGGUAUGGAAACGCUCCGGCGCCUGGUUCUUCAAGGGUUUGCCCAAGCAGACGCUUCCCCAGCCCAUGCCCAUUGCCAAGAAGCCACAGCCGGCCGCCAGCAGACCUGCUCCCCCCAUGCAGGAGCCAGCAGCGCCGAAUUCCCACCAGCAGACUCCCGACCAAGGCGCAGCUGCUGCUUCUGCCCAACAAGGCUCGUACGGAGCUGGGCCAGGAGCCCCCGCUUCCAAUCGGGGAAAUUACCCCCCACUUCACCGAAAACCUUCGGAGGCCAGGAUGGCACCGAGUGGCAGCGAACACCCCAGAGAGGCCCGGCCGAGCCAGGAUUACCCGGCUGAGAAUGAAGCCGCUCGGAGCGCAGGAGGGAUCAAGCGAGCCAACGCGGCCCCACCUGCUGGCCCCAGAGACCGUGCUGCGCCUCCCCACCAGAGCCCCUCUGCCCAGGGGGCAGGACCAGGCGCGUCCUCCCAGGCGGAGCCCCCCGCCUCUCUUCCUGCUGCACCGCCCAGGGAUAAUACCGCUGGGCCUGGGUACCCCCCUGUGGGAGCAGAGAGGCCCCCGCGGCAGGUGGCUCCGUACAGCCAGGCCGUGGCCCCGCCUGCUGCCCCUGCGGCCGCCCGGCCCCCUCCUCCCGACGAUGAUGACGAAGAGGAAGCCAACAGCUACGACUCGGAUGAGACAACCACCCUGGGGGCCUUGGACUUCACCCUCUUGUACAACCAGGAAAACAGCUCCUUGCAGUGCAGCAUCAUUAAGGCCAAGGGCUUGAAGCCAAUGGAUUCCAACGGGCUGGCAGAUCCCUACGUCAAACUGCACCUGUUGCCGGGGGCCAGCAAGUCCAACAAACUCCGGACCAAGACGCUGAGAAAUACACGGAACCCCGUAUGGAAUGAAACGCUGGUCUAUCAUGGCAUCACGGAUGAGGACAUGCAGAGGAAGACAUUAAGGAUCUCUGUGUGUGACGAAGACAAAUUCGGCCACAACGAGUUCAUCGGGGAGACGCGGGUGGCCCUCAAGAAGCUGAAAGCCAACCAGAAGAAGAACUUCAACAUCUGCCUGGAGAGAGUCGUCCCGAUGAAGCGAGCAGGAACCACCGGCUCCUCGCGAGGAAUGGCCUUAUACGAAGACGAAAUGGACCAAGGCGGAGAGGUGGAAGAACGGGGGAAGAUCCUGGUCUCCCUCAUGUACAACACCCAGAAAGGGGGCCUGGUGGUCGGCGUUGUGCGCUGCGUCCACUUAGCCGCCAUGGACGCCAACGGCUACUCGGACCCCUUUGUCAAAAUUUGUUUAAAACCCGACAUGGGCAAGAAAGCCAAGCAAAAGACGCAGAUUAAGAAGAAGACGCUGAACCCCGAAUUCAACGAGGAAUUUUUCUACGACAUUAAGCACAGCGACCUGGCCAAGAAAUCCCUGGAUAUCUCCGUCUGGGAUUACGACAUUGGGAAGUCCAACGAUUAUAUUGGCGGUUGCCAGCUGGGCAUCACAGCGAAAGGCGAGCGCUUGAAACACUGGUACGAGUGUCUCAAAAACAAGGAUAAGAAGAUCGAACGCUGGCACGCCUUACAGAACGAGCAUCACGUGUCCAGCGAUUGAGGGGGCUGUGCCCCUCUGUCCACCCCCCAUCUCCAGCCCAUCUCCUCUUCCAACACCCCCCCACGUCCCUUUUGCUCUUGGGAAACCCACAGCUGGGAUCUCUGCAGGAUCCCCUCCCUCCCUCCCUCCCCUGCAGGAGCCGGUCUCAAGCCCUCUUCUCUCUUCUCUCUGCCCAGGUCAUCUCGCCCACCGCCUCUUUGCUUGGCUCUGGGCCUCUCUGGGCCUCCCACAAGGGGGGGCUCUGGGGUUUUCAAGCAAUAGCCCAGCAUUGAGCACCCUCAGUUCGGCUCGGCUUCUUGGCAGCUAAAUUAUCUCCCCUUGCCCCUUCUGAUGCCAUCUUGAUCUCCCCAACCUUUGGCCAAAGAGACUUGCCCUCCCAAGUGUUCUUGAAAUUCCUUCCUCCCUCCCUCCCUUCCUCCCUCCCUCCCUCCCUCCCUCCCUUCUUUCUUCUCUUUUUCCUUCCUUCCCUCCCUCCUCUUCCUUCCCUCUCUCCCUCCUCUUCCUCUCCUCCCUCCCUUCCUCCCUCCCGUCCUUCCUUCCUUCCCUCUUUCCCUCUCCUCCCUUCUUUCCCUCUCCUCCCUUCUUUCCCUUUCCUUCCUUCCUUCCUUCCUUCCUUCCUUCCUUCCUUCCUUCCUUCCUUCCUUCCUUCCUUCCUUCCCUUCUUCCCUCCCUCCUUCCCUCCCUCCAUCUCAGCAUGCCAAAAGUCCCUCUUUCUCCACCCGGCUGUUUCUCUUGCCCCGGGGGGGGGGACCGGAAGCCCCUUCUGGCCGCACGGCUGAGGCUGGCCGGCUGCUUCCUUCGUGGACGGAGGCCGCAGCUCAAGAGAAGAGAAGCCAAUGGCAGCUGGCAACCCCGAGGGAGGCCGCGUGAAGCCAGCCCUGUGAUCAGAGGAGGGGGAGCUCCGUUCUUUGUCCGAGCAUUUCUAGCUUUCCCUAUGAUGGAGCCCGAGAGAGGUUGGAGGCCUGUCUUUUCUGGUUUGGAGAGAAUCAGGGCCUCCAGCCCCUUCCUCUGGUGGGAAGUAAUUCCACUGGCAGACCCUCCUUUGCCUCUUGCCUUGAAAGGCACUGCCAGCAUUGCUGGUUCCACGUAACUCCCCUGAAACCAUCCCUCACUUCGAUUUCUUACCCUGCUCCCCAAACCACACAGCACUUACCCCUAAUCUUGGAGAUAGAGACCCUCCCCCGGACAAGCAGAGCUGGUGGCCAUAUUUCCUCAAAGAGGCUGGGGAAAAGAGGAGGGGGCCCAGAGACAGAGGGGGAGUGGUUCUCCCCUCAAUUCACAAACAUUCUCCAGGCCCUGAAUGGGGCUCCUUCCCUCCCCAACCUGGAAAGCUUCAGGUUGUGAAAAGCAAUCGGCAGUUUCCCGUAUUCCUGUGAGUUUGGGGUGUUACCUGGACGACUCCUGCUCGUCUUUGUCCAAGAGAAGCCAACUGUCCCCGAUGCUUGAGAAAGCAGGCACAACUUACACACCUGGAUGGCCAAACAUUCUCUACAAGGAAGCAUCUCUGAAAUUCCUCAGAAUUCACACGUCCUAUCCUUUGACCUUCACCCACUCCCAAGCAGUUGAAGAGACUUGCUGGCUGAGAAGAAAACCAGUGGCAACCAGCAGGCUCCCCACAGCCCUUCCCGCCCUCUCCAACUGCUGGGCCCAGCACGUGGCCCAUAACCAGACAAGUGCGCGAAGGAAUGGCGCUGGGGGAAAACCCCAAAUACUGGGCUUGCCUGCUUCUCCCCCCACUCCUGCCAGACAUCGCCCAAGACUCACAAAGCUGGUGGCAGGUUCGCGAGAGCCUCCCAUCAGGCCAGCAAUGAUGGUUCAGUUAGCGCACGUGGGGCACAGCUCUUCAAAUUUAUGGGGGCCACAAAUGACCAUUCUUAAACGCAUCUCCAAAUCCAUUUUCUUCUCUCUCGGUCAGACUUUACAUGGCUUUGCCUUGGAUCCCUCGCCGAAUUUCAGAGAGCAGAUAGGAUUCCGCGGAGAAGCACCUGCUCGUAAGAAGCGAGCCACGGGACCGUCCCUCGGUUUCAAAAGGCAGGACGAUUCUGCUUCACAGCCUGCCUGAAGGGACGGAGAUGCUGGAUCAGGAUGGACAAAAUGGAGAAAAGGAAAAGUCCCUUUUCCUUAAUGGCUACUCUCCUGUACUGCCCUGCUCCGUCCCCCCACACUGAGACACCUACCCCCUGCAAAGCCGCUCGGUUUUCUCAAAAUCUUUUUUCAAUACUGUUUUGUACAUACAGUAUGAAAGUACCUGUUAGCAGAGAACUAGAGCCACACCGGUCCUCCUUUCCGAUUGAUUUCCCCUCGCCCAACGAUGGGUGAACAUUUGCAAUGAAGGUGUCCUUCCUUCCUGCCUUCUCUCUUUGUAAUUAAAGCAUGCACUUAGAGGCACACACCCCCCAAAGGCCCCCUCCUGCCUCCCUCCCACCCCCUUCUUUUUGCUCUUCACAAUUGCAUUCGGUCCAGCAUGCAAUGACUUCGCCGAGACAAACCAACGUUGGCAACUUAUCUCGCGGGCAAAACGGUGUCACCAAAAAUAGAGGGGGCCUGCCUGGUUUUCCACUGCAUGCUCUUGUAACCCUCCCGCCCAACCCGACCCC